AUGGCGAAACAAGGGCAAGAAGCAAUGAAGAAGGCUCUUCAAAAUGCCAGAGGAGCUGGAGUCGGAAUCGGUCUUGUAGCUGCUGCCGGAGCUGCGGUGUACGGAAUCUCACAAUCGAUGUUCACCGUAGAAGCUGGACACCGAGCAAUCAUGUUCAACAGACUUGGAGGUCUUUCAACUGAUUUGUACAAAGAAGGACUUCAUUUCAGAGUUCCAUGGUUCCAAUACCCGAUUGUUUACGAUAUUCGUGCCAGACCAAACCAGAUUCGUUCACCAACCGGAUCCAAAGAUUUGCAAAUGGUCAACAUCGGACUUCGAGUGCUUUCCAGACCAAACCCAGACAAGCUUGUCCACAUCUACAGAACCCUCGGACAAAAUUGGGAAGAGCGCGUUCUUCCAUCCAUUUGUAAUGAGGUUCUCAAGGGAGUCGUUGCCAAGUUCAACGCUUCGCAGCUCAUUACUCAGCGCCAACAGGUGUCCAUGUUAGUCCGAAAAGCUUUGAUUGAGCGUGCUCUUGACUUCAACAUCAUUCUGGACGACGUAUCCCUCACCGAGCUCGCUUUCUCUCCACAAUAUUCUGCUGCUGUUGAAGCCAAACAAGUCGCUGCUCAAGAGGCCCAAAGAGCUUCUUUCUACGUGGAGCGUGCCAAGCAGCAAAAACAAGAAAAGAUUGUCCAAGCUGAAGGAGAAGCCGAAUCCGCUAAGCUGCUCGGAGAGGCCAUGAAGAACGAUCCAGGAUUUUUGAAGCUCAGAAAGAUUCGUGCUGCACAGAAGAUUGCCCGAGUUGUUUCGGAGUCUGGCAACAAAACAUACCUUCCAACUGGUGGCUUGAUGUUGAACAUCGCCGACAACGACUAUCUGAACGUUUCCGACAAACGACGUUAA